AACAUUAAUAUAAGAAUGCCAAUAUGGCUACCAGUAUUUAAUCAUUCAUCUGUGGAGCCACAAUUGGAUUACUCAGAAUUUCGUAAAAUUUUAUGUGAAAUCAGGAAAACGGCUUCCGCUCCGCUGUCUGUCUGUAUCACUAUAAAACGCACUGUCACUGGACCGUCAAUAGAAAAUUCGAGAGCCAAUACACAGACCAAGAAAAUGGAGGACGCUAUCAGGCAGAGUUUAGUAAGAGCUCUAACAUCGAGUCCGAAGCACAUUCCUACUUGGUACAACUACGAUGACGUUGGCUCAGAACUUCAGUUUCAAUGUACAACAGAUAUUCCUGACUACUACCUAUGCAAAAGUGACCGAGCUCUUCUAGAAAACAGAAUACAGGAUAUCAUUCCACGUGUUCCGUAUGACGUGGCUUUGGUCGACCUUGGCAGUGGAAAUUGUUCGAAAACAAGGCUUGUUAUCGAUGAGCUACUUACGAGGCAGAACUCGCUGACGUUUUAUCCAUUGGAUAUUUCUGAAGAGUUUCUGUUGAAGUCUAUGAAGAAAUUAUCUGAGGAAUACGACGAUUCUCUUAUAAUCAAACCAAUAGCUGCAAACUAUGUCCAAGGAAUAGAUAACCUCAAACAGAUAACCGGUCCAAAGAUUAUUCUGUGGUUUGACAGCAUCAUCAACUUAUCUUACGAUGACCAGGUGGAUACUCUCAGGCUGAUCUCUACCAUGAUGUCAGACAAAUGCCGACUGGUUUUCAGUGCUGACGUCACACUAGACAGAGAAGAAGUCCUUAACGCCUACAAUGAUGACGCAGGUGUAAUGCAGAGAUUCAUUAGCUAUGCCAUGACUAGAUUGAACAAAGAGGCAGGAAGUAAUAUUGACCUGGCUAGAUUCACGUACGAAGUAGAUUUUAUAUCAUAUCACGACCCACAGUCCAUGAGCUACGUGAGGGCCUACAUCCGGGCUAAUGAAGAUAUCCGGUAUACGUUACCUGGACUUGGCAUUGACCUGGAGAUGGAGAAGGGAGAGUGCCUUUAUUUUCACGAAGGUGAUGGAUUUAGUUGUAAAUACAGCCUAGAACAACUGCGUACCAUUGUCGAGAAAGCUGGACUCCGAUUGGCCGAAUCUGUAUCAGUUGAACAGCGUCACGCGGCGUUCUGUGUAUGUACCGCGGUAUAAACAAACAACCUUGAUAUCUGGACGGAGUAUAAACACACCAGGAUAUUUUGACUGAGUAUAAACAAAACGGAGUUUUGGACGGAGUAGAAGCCAUCCGGAUAUCUGGACAGAAAACCAAUGUCACUCUCAAAAUAAUUAUAUACUACAUUGACGUUGAUGUUACUAAUUGAACAAAAUACACUAUACUCGAAUUUGUAUUUAUUUAGUACACUUCAAUUGAAUAUUAACUGAUAUAGUACACUAACAUUGUAUUGAUAUAUAUCGCUACACUAAAUACCUAUGUUAUACUUUAGGUUAUUGUAUCAACAUUUAUCUGGGUAUUUUUAAAUUGUCUUCUGAUAUAUUUUAGUCCCAGUCCCCAAAAUACGUCGUUUGGAAACUUAUUCUCACGUGUUUGUUAAAUUUUCUUUGUACUACAUUGAAAAUAAAGUAAAUAUAUUGUAUAUUGA